CAAGAAAUGUAGAUGGAUUUCCAGCCUCCAGAAUUACAAAAUGUCGCAAGAUAAGAGGCGCUGGCUUUCUGUAAAAAGUCGGCAAGGUAGGUGCUUGCAUUGUCUUUGGGUUUCUUUUGCAACUCUCAUUCCGGUUCGUUCAGUCUCUACUAGCAAGGCCUACCUUCCAGUCCUAGCCGUCGACAUCCACCUGUCAUCUCCCGAGACACUACUCUCCCUACCAAUUUACAAAUCUUGGGGCAGUUCCACAAGAUGCAUUUCAGAAACCUUCCAGUUUCAUUGCUUUUGGCUUUGCUAGAUUUUGGCACACUCUGCCCUGGGUUGCCCCUCAACUCGCAGCCUCAAGAUCAAGGCCAAGGUCAGGCUUUGGGGCCUAGGGACCCUAAAGUCACAUACACGGUGGUUCCCAUCGACGGUUCACUCCCGACUCCAAGCCCCGGAUCCGGCAAUGGGAACUCCCCUGGCCGUCCUGGCCCGGGAGACGGAAACCAGGCCCCGCCCGGUGUUACCGUGACGGUUGAAAAGACAAUGCCUCCCACGACCGUGACGAGCAUUGUUCCUGCAAACACAGUAGUGGUCACUCAUACCAUCGUUUCUCUCUCUACUGUCACCGUCACGGAGAGUGUGGUCGAGGUGUCUACCACUACACAAGUCGCGGCAAGCUCAACCGCCGCCAGCUCGUCUCAGACUACGAGUGCAAGCCCAGACCCGACUUCGACCUCGGCUGAUAAAAGCAGUUCCACAACGACGGCCACUGCCGAGUCCUCUCCUGCAACAACUGACAGCGCGCCUUCGUCGACAAGGCAACCCGAUGAUGGUCAGUGGUGGUCGCAAAAGUACCCGAGCUGGAAUGCAACCAAUACAGCCCGGUAAACAUGACCGAGCCAAACUACAUUUCAAAUCUUGACAAGGACAAAAAAACAAUUAACAGCACGCCCUUUUACUACAUUCUCGAUUCACCCUGGAGGCGCUUCAUUCUAUUACAUACUUAAUCCUAAUAUAACAGUACCGACAUCGGUUUGCUGUUUCAUGCUGUAUGAUUUACGUGUUACGGCUAGAGAAAAGAAGAGAUAUUCUUCAAUGGCGAGCAGCCCGGUCUUUGUUCAGUUUCUCUUCAAGAUUUGAGGUACGAGAAACAACUGGCUCAAUUUUUUUUCGUUAUAACAUUAGUCUCAUUCAAAACACGUGCACAUACCUAAACAAUGAUCUCUUGCGAGAUUUCUCUUCUUCUUUCAUUUUUUACCUGCCACAACUCAUUUUCUAUGCCUUGCAACGUUGGUUUGGCGAUAUG